CGACCCGCAGUUGGCAAAACAAUCGCAAGACUGUUGUGGAAAAAAGAACGAACAAAGCUGCGGGUCAGUGAAAAGUGCGGCCAGAGAAUGGAAAUACACUGCUGAAGGGCUCCUGGUCGAAUGUAAUGUUAAAGAAGAGCUUAGUUUUCGGUUGAAAACAAAAAUAAAACACACCAAAGCGAAAAGCGUCGUUGACGACGGAACUCGAUCGGACAGUCCCCGAGCCACGUCGUUCUGGUUUCACGCCGUGGUGAAUGCAAAGAAUUCGCAUACCGUCCAGUGGACGACAGCAAAGGAUGAGUUCGACCUACCCGAACGCGCCGAUCGGCAUCCGCGUGAUAAGCUACCUGUCCGGGAAGCUAUGUCCCCGGUUCCAGAUCAACCGGGUGCUGUGGUUCCAAUGUUCCGUCCUGGGCCUCACGUACCUCGCCUACACCUGCUACCAUAUGACCCGGAAGCCGAUUUCGGUCGUCAAAUCGGUGCUCCAUCGGAACUGCUCGGCGGUUACCCUGCCGCCCGAGUUCGUCACACCCGCGGGCAAUUCACCGACCGACACACCACCCCUGCCAACCGAUGCCACCUGGUGCGACUAUCCACCGUUCGAUCAGCCCGACUUUAACUCGCUGCUCGGUACGCUCGACUCGGCCUUCCUGUUCAGCUACGCCAUCGCCAUGUUCUUCGCCGGGUUCAUCGCGGAACGGGUGUCCCUGCGCUACUUCCUCGCGCUCGGAAUGGCCUUCUCAGGCGUGUUUUGCUACCUGUUCGGUAUGGCCAAGGUGUACGACAUCCACUCACUGUGGUACUUCAUCGCCGUCCAGGCCCUCGCAGGGAUGUUCCAAACGACGGGCUGGCCCGGUGUCGUCACGAUCGUGGGCCGCUGGUUCGGCAAGUCGAAACGUGGGCUCAUCUUCGGCAUCUGGAACAGUCACACCUCGAUCGGGAACGUGCUGGGGACACUGAUUGCGGCCCACUACGUCGAAACCGACUGGUCGCUAUCGUUCGUCGUGCCCGGCUUUCUCAUGGGUAUGUUCGGGUUUGUGAUGUUCCUGUUCCUGGUCGAUCGGCCGGAAAUUGUCGACUGCCAGGAGAAGGUGGGCGAUGUGCAGCAACGGGGCGCCUCGGGUGGUGGCGGCUACCGCAGGGUAGAUGAUUCCAUGAGUGACAUUGAGGAUUCGGUCGUCACCAGCGCGGAGCAGGAUAAUGCUUCGACGAGGAGUUUACGGGGCAGUUAUUAUUCCAACUCUGAAGUAAACGAACGUACUCCGAUCAUCGGAAGCAUCAACCGGGCGCCACCACGGCAGGACGCCAUCGGAUUCCUUGGCGCGCUGCGCAUUCCGGGAGUGGUAGAGUUCUCCCUCAGUCUGUUCUUUUCCAAACUCGUCAGCUACACAUUCCUUUUCUGGCUGCCUUUCUACAUUCAACAUUCAACUUCGAUGGGUGCUAAGCUAUCCGCCGACGUAUCGAUAGUGUUCGAUAUCGGUGGCAUCGUCGGAGCAAUCGCGGCCGGUAUGAUGUCGGAUGCUAGCGGAAUGCCCGCUACCACCUGCACCGGAAUGCUGGCCGUUGCCGCCCCACUGCUCCUUAUCUACCGCUGCUGGGGCAGCGUUUCGCUGUCGGUGAACAUUCUGCUCCUGUUCGUCGUCGGUCUGAUGGUGAACGGACCGUACGCACUCAUCACCACGUCCGUCAGCGCGGAGCUGGGACAGCACAGUUCGCUCAAUGGAAACUCGAAGGCACUCGCCACGGUCACGGCGAUCAUCGAUGGCACCGGAUCGAUCGGGGCCGCCAUCGGUCCCCUGCUUGCCGGUAUGGUUUCCGGGUGGAACAACGUCUUCUAUAUGCUGGUGAUAUCGGACGUGAUGGCGCUGGUGCUUCUGCUGCGCAUCAGCAGCAAGGAAUGCUCGCGAAGGAACGUCAACCGAAGGCUUAAUGUGCGCAUCGAGUAAAACAACUUACGGGGACAACAUCUGUUCAUCUCCGAUGCUCCGGUGCUUAGUUAGUAGGGAACCAGCUCUCGAUACAGUCUGAUUGGUGUGAAAUCGUUUGGUCUUUGAGCCCAAGGCCCAGGUGGUUCGAUGAAGACGAGUGAUAAGUUAGCGUCGUUUGUUUCUUCUUUUUAACGUACACUUUUUAGCCAUAAUCCAACUACGUUUAUCAGCAAAUACAACGUUUUACCGGUGGUCUCCG